AUGGUCUCAGAGCCAGUGUGGGAUUCAUUAUUGGCGGUAUCAAUGGCAUCCAUGAACAAGCCACCGACGCAUGCAGUCAUCCAAGGGCCGCUGGUUCGAGACCUACAGUCAGAUAUAACUAAAGCUGCAUUCUUGCAUGCACUGAAUGCGACAAGAACUUGCAUCUUAGAUACCCACGGCGCUUGGUCAUCGCAACGGGGCGUUGAUACAGAGCUUUAUGAGGCUCUCAGCUCAUAUGUUGUCGGCAGGGACUUCAACUCUGCGAUCUACUGGCUCUUUGUGAGAUUAGGUAAGUACAUAUUCACAUCAUCCUUCACGAAGGAAGAAUUUGAGAGCUCAUUGGUUCCAGAUCUUGGAGCUGCUUUAGCCACAGAUACCAAUCUUCAAAUUCCCCUUCCUCCCCUGCCUCCAUACGUCGCGGAUGAAGAUACGGAAACAGAUCCAUUUGCAUUAAGCUUCUGCUAUGCAAACCGCCCUCUUUGGGCCUGUGCGCGGGCCAUAGAGUUCAUGCAUGAUGAAGACCCAUCACUGCAGUGCCCCCCGCUUCACACGUGGAUGCAACUGGUGGAAGAGCUCGACAAUUGGUAUCAAGAACGGCCGCAAGGGUUUCAGCCUAUGCUUGAACUUGACGUAGAUAAUCACCUCGAGAUGGCACAAGGAUUCCCGGUAGUUUUGUUUGCAAAUGGAGCGGGUGUUUUCAGCAACCAACUCUACCAUACAGCCAUGCUGCUAUUACUGCAUAGCCGGCCACGCACUGCGCGCAUCGCGCACUUGCGUUCUGCGACAAUGUCUCCACUGUGGCAUGCCCAGAGGAUAUGCAGCAUUGCUCUGAACAAUGAGAGGCGUGAAUGCUGGGAUCCAUGUCUGCUGGCAUCGUUUCUGACUGCCGCUCAGCGCAUGACCCAUGAGACACAGCAGCAAGAAGUCCUCCUUGGCCUGUCUAACAUUCAGAAGGUAACUGGAUGGGACGUCGGUGAAUUGUUGCAUGGGCUAAGAGAGAGUUGGGGAUUUCUUGAAUCUUAA